AACAAUCCACAGACACACACCCAACACUCUCUCUAACACACUUUCACCUCUCUCUCUCUCUCUCUCUCUCUCUCUCUCAGGUAUAACUGCUAAAGCAGAGCCGUUUAAAGUUCUGAUCUUUGAAGGCAGAACCAAUGAUGGAGAAAAAGAUGCCGCCACCUUUGGAAGUAGAAUUAUGGUUAAUGAAUUUGAAACUGUGGGCUCAGUAGUUGGUUUUUUUGGGCCUUGAUCUGAUAUAUUAAAGAACUCUGUGUUUGAAUUAAUGGCUUCAAAGACCAGUUCUAGACCUUGCUCAGAGCAGCAUCAGAAACCGGUCAGUAAUCAGUCAGUAGAGGCAAAUUCUCGCAAGCCUUCACCUGUGCAGGUCUCGAAGCCAAUACCUUUGCAGGUCUUGAAACCAACCAAAUCGGAGCCGGUUACACCGAAAAAAUUACCAAGACCUGCAAAUCAAGUCUCCUCAAAGCAGAUAAUUGCAGAUGUUUUGGAGGAAAAAACGCUGUCUACAUAUCAAAAGGGGCCCACUGAUCCUUUGCCUGAUAAGGGUACAUCGAAAUCCACCCAUUUGGAUGCUAGUAAAUUGAAUCGCAACUUGGAAGUUCCAAAACAACUUACCAAACAAGUAGACAGUGUAGAAAAGAAUCAGAUAAAUGUGAUUACGGGCACUUUGGAAGGAAUUGGAAUUGGAGAUGAAGAAAAGAAAAUGUCCGAACGCAGCAGUGUGAAGGACAGCUCGGUUUCUGCAAAAGUCAGCGAUGGGACCAGCAGCCUCACUAAGACAAGUGGCAGUGCAAAAAUCAGUGACCGUGCUGAUUUCAUUGAGAGCGGAAAGAGCAGCAUGUGCAGAGGCAGUACGAGCAGCGAUGUGAGCGAUGAUAGCACUUGUAGCAGCAUAAGUAGCACUGUCAACAAGCCCCACAAAGCAAAUGAUUCGAGAUGGGAGGCCAUCCGAGUGGUCCGGUCGAGAGAUGGAGUUUUGGGUCUCAGCCAUUUCAGGCUGCUUAAGAGGUUGGGGUGUGGCGACAUUGGUAGUGUCUAUCUAUCGGAGCUGAGUGGAACCAAGUCCUAUUUCGCAAUGAAGGUUAUGGACAAGGGGUCGCUGGCCAGUCGUAAGAAGCUGCUCAGAGCCCAGACAGAAAGAGAAAUUUUGCAGUGUUUGGACCAUCCAUUUCUUCCAACAUUGUAUACCCACUUUGAGACCGACAAGUUCUCAUGUUUGGUGAUGGAGUUCUGUCCAGGAGGGGAUUUGCACACCCUUCGCCAGCGGCAACCGGGGAAACAUUUUACUGAACAAGCAGUGAAGUUCUAUGUAGCAGAGGUCCUCCUUGCUCUGGAGUACCUACACAUGCUCGGAAUUGUGUACCGUGACCUGAAGCCCGAAAAUGUCCUUGUCCGAGAAGAUGGCCACAUUAUGCUGUCCGACUUUGAUCUCUCUCUCCGCUGUACCGUCAGUCCAACACUUGUCAAAUCUUCGUCCAUCGAUUCCGACCCCUUGAGAAAGAACCCCGUCUACUGUGUCCAGCCUGCUUGCAUCGAACCUUCCUGUAUUCAGCCAUCGUGUGUGGCAGCCCCCACUUGCUUUGGUCCCCGCUUCUUCUCUAGCAAGUCCAAGAAGGACCGGAAACCGAAAAAUGAAAUAGGAAACCAAGUAAGCCCAUUGCCUGAGCUCAUGGCUGAGCCAACUGGGGCCCGGUCCAUGUCAUUCGUUGGGACCCACGAGUACCUAGCGCCUGAAAUCAUCAAAGGCGAAGGCCAUGGGAGUGCUGUAGAUUGGUGGACAUUUGGGAUCUUUCUCUAUGAACUCCUGUUUGGCAAGACCCCGUUUAAGGGGUCAGGGAACCGGGCCACGCUGUUCAAUGUUGUGGGCCAGCCUCUCCGAUUCCCAGAGUCGCCAGUCGUCAGCUUCUCAGCGAGGGAUCUGAUAAGAGGGCUGCUUGUGAAGGAGCCACAGCACCGGCUGGCCUAUAAGCGUGGAGCUACGGAGAUAAAGCAACAUCCGUUCUUCGAGGGCAUCAAUUGGGCUUUGAUACGUUGUGCCAGCCCGCCAGAGAUUCCGAAGCCAGUCGAGAUUGAGCGGAUCCCAGUGCCUGCGGCAUCGACGAGCGAGAAGGUGGCCAUCCCUGCUGUGGCCAAUCAUAAGAGUUCUGAUAAUUAUUUGGAAUUUGAUUUCUUUUAAGUGAUUUUUCUUGACUGAUGCAAUUUGUUGUAUUGGGGAAAGAAGAGGUGGGGUGGUGAAGAUGGUGAAGAUGAUCAUGAUGAUGAGGGAUGGUGAUGAUGGAUGGAGAUGGUGGUGGUGGGGGGUUCUUAUUAGAUUUUGUUAAGAUGUUGUCUUCUCUUGUUGUUGUUUUCUAAAUGGAAUUAUCAGUUUCAAAAUUUGUAUUCUGAAUGAAUGCUGAAAUGUUGUAUUCUUAGUCUAUAAUCAUGAACGGAUUUGAUUCUCAUCAA